UCUUUCUUUAUGUUUCUUUCUAUUUUCUAAUCCUUCCCAAACUAGCUUUCUUUUCCCACUACUGAAUCCACCAAACCGAGCUCUCUGAUUAGCUCGAUUUAUGAUUAUCAUCAAAAUGCUUUUUUUUUUUUGGGCUGCCUAGCUGACUAGCUAUAUUAGCUAUAAAAUCCAAACCCAGCUUAGAACAACUUGCAAGAAUUUAGAUGCAAGAUGUGCUUUUGUAGUUUUUACAUUGUAUCCUAAGCUUUUAAAAGUUUCCAUUUUUAGUAAAAAUUUUCCAUCCCAAUUGAAAAUCUUUCGUGGGUUUCUUGAUUUACAUGGAAUUAACCAAAGAUUCUUGUCUCAUGUGUUAUAUUUUAUGAGAAAUUUGAACUGGGUUUUCCCUCAAAGCUUCCAUAUAUGCAUCAAGAUUCCAUUGCAAACAAGGAGAAAUUCAUGUACGGUUGAGACCGGGCUUAGAUAUGAGUUGGGAUGUUAAGCCCAGAGUAGAUGAAGAAACGCAAUUUACAGUUCAGGUUAGUGUACCAUGCAACAGUUUGUUCAACAUGGUGACUGUAAGAUGCGGACAUUGUGCUAAUUUGCUGUCAGUUAACAUGGGAGCUACGGUUCAAGCAGCUCCUCCGCAAGAUCCCCAGAAGCAGCACAUAAGCUCUGAUGACUGUGGGUCAUCUUCCAAAUGCAAUAAGUUUUCUGCAUUUGAGACUGUAGAGCAUGAACAACCCAGAAUGGCCCCCAUUCGCCCCCCAGAGAAGAGACAACGGGUUCCUUCAGCAUAUAACAGGUUUAUUAAGGAGGAAAUUCAAAGGAUUAAGGCUAGUAAUCCUGAUAUCAGCCACAGGGAAGCUUUUAGUACAGCUGCAAAGAAUUGGGCACAUUUUCCUCACAUUCACUUUGGGCUAAAGCUGGAUGGCAAUAACAAGCAGGGAAAGUUGGACCAGGCAUUAGCCGGAACAGAUCAGGGAAGUCAAAAGUCUAAUGGAUUCUACUAAAGCCGAAUGGUACCCUGUGAGUAGCAUGCUAGUUCCUCUGUGCUAUGUAACUACUGAAAUUAUUAUGAGGUUGAUGAAAGUCUCCUAACCAAACAGGAUGCCCCUAUUUGAACCUCCACCAUCUUUAUUAUCGUGUGCUUUCCAUUUCUAACUGUUUGGAAAUGAUGACUGCUAUUCUUGUGAUUGCAUUUAUUAUCUUUGUACUUCAUAUCUUUUAAGCAUACAUUAUAUAUCUCAUCGAAGAAUGUGCGCUUGUUUUUUUA